AUGGAGCCUUCUUCACCCUUCGGGAAGUUCUUCUACUUCUCGUAUUUUGCCGUCGGAUCAUAUCUCGCGAAAAGUCUUCUGGACCAGGUGGGCAGCUUACCGCUACAUCUCUUGUAUUCCACCGUCGAAGUACAAUCACACGACGAUGCCUACAACUAUCUCCUGUUUUGGUUAACAAAGCAGCGGUUUAAUGAAAGCAAGAAUCGCCUCAUCGCGAGCACCUCCCUCAGUAGUGGCCUGGAUUACUUCAGCGAGGACUCCGACGAUGGCGAGUUUGACGACAUGCUGGACGCGGAAGCCUCCGACACCGAAUGGAAGGCCUCGUUGUCGAAUACGCGUCAACUGCUGUGGUCGCCUUCCGAAGGCAUCCACUAUUUCAGGUAUGGUGGUCGAUGCCUGGCACUCACCCGGCAGAUCGAGGAACGUGGGACCAUGCUCUAUACGCGCACCGACAAACUCCGCAUUUCAUGUCUCGGAUGGGAUGCAUCCAUUCUGAAGCAGUUGCUGCUGGAAGCUCGCGUGGAAUACUCACAGAAAGAAAAGGGUAAGACCGUGAUUUAUCGCGGCGCGAAGAGAUCCUAUGACAACGACUUCUAUUGGGCUCGUUCGACAGCGCGUCCUGCCAGACCAUUAUCCACCGUCAUCCUGGACCAUGAAGAGAAGACCGCCUUUAUCCAAGACGUUCAGCAGUAUCUCCACCCCAGCACUAUGCGAUGGUACAGCGAUCGAGGCAUCCCAUACCGCCGCGGCUACCUGUUUUACGGCCCACCCGGCACGGGCAAGUCGAGUCUCGCCUUCGCAGCGGCAGGGUUCCUCGGAUUGAACGUGUAUAUCCUGGACCUGAAUGCCACCCAGCUCACCGAAGACGCGUUGGCACAGCUCUUCCAAGAGUUGCCCCGCCGAUGUCUGGUGCUCCUAGAAGAUAUCGACACGAACGAAGUGACUAGUCGACGCGGUGAUGAGUCAAAAAAGAAGCGAAAGGGGAACAACAAGAUCUCACUCUCGGCCUUGCUUAAUACGAUCGAUGGCGUAGCCGCGCAGGAAGGCCGCGUGCUUGUCAUGACCACCAAUCACCAAGAGAAUCUCGAUCCAGCCCUCAUUCGGCCGGGUCGGGUGGAUUACCAGAUCGAGUUCAAGCUGGCCAAUCGCAAUCUGAUGAUGCAGAUGUUUCAGAACCUAUUCCGAGACGUCCUUCCGAGCAUUGACUCACACCUGGAGGACACGUGCCACCGGGCACCAAUCAGGAGACCUCCUGCUCAUUUCCUCCCAAUUGUAUCGUCGACGCACAGCCCUGUAGGAAAGGGCAAUCCGACAAUGCAACCUUUUAAAUCCUCCGAUAGCGAGGCAAUGCUGGCAGUCUGCAUACGUCAUGUAAAUAUGAGACUCUUUCAUCCCUAG